CGAAACAAACCAAAGCCCCCACAAAACCUUGCUCUCCUCGUUCCUAUCGCCAUCCCCUGCUCUCGCCUCGCCCCCGCUCCCAACGCGCGCCCUGCCGCCCGCCGCCGCCGCCGCGCCGCGCGCAAUGGAGGCCGCCGCCGUGCCCAGAUCCGCCGCCGUCUGCCGCGCCGCGCCGGCGGUCCCGGCCGCGCGCGCCCUGCCCCUGCCCCUGCCCCUGCCCCGCCGCGCGCGCUCCGCGUCCGUCGCGGCGCCGCGCCGCCUCGUCCUCGCCGCGCGCCGCGCCGCCGACGGCGACAGCGUGGAGACGGCGCCGGAGGCGGUCCCCAUCGAGAAAAGGUUCCCGGCCUUCCCCAGCGUCAUGGACAUCAACCAGAUCCGCGAGAUCCUCCCCCACAGGUUUCCAUUCCUUUUGGUUGAUAGAGUAAUUGAAUACAAGGCUGGAGAAUAUGCAGUGGGGAUCAAGAAUGUUACAAUAAAUGAUAACUUCUUCCCAGGACAUUUCCCUGAACGCCCCAUAAUGCCUGGUGUUCUCAUGGUUGAGGCCAUGGCCCAGGUUGGGGGUCUGGUGAUGCUGCAACCUGAAGUUGGUGGAUCUCGAGACAACUUCUUUUUUGCAGGGAUCGACAAAGUUAGGUUCCGCAAGCCAGUGAUUGCUGGGGACACAUUGAUCAUGAGAAUGACUCUGACAAAGUACCAGAAGAGAUUUGGACUCGCAAAGAUGGAAGGAAAAGCUUAUGUUGGUGGUGACCUAGUUUGUGAGGGGGAGUUCCUCCUGGUCAGUGCAACUGAAUAGUCCAAAGAUACCUAGCACUGCCCAAUUCUCUUCCAGAGUCAUUGGCUAGGAUGGGACCAGGAUAGUUUCUUGAAAGAAUUGAGUUUUGAGUCCAUGUUCACGCGAUUUCUAUCGCCUACCAGAGCUGAAUCUAGCUCUGUUGCUGUUGUAAUACAGGAUUACAGUAUGUGAGGUAGUUGUUUGAUGGAAUAAACAAUGAUGGUUGGAUUGUGCUUCCUGGGAUUUCUUAGUGGAUCCCCCUCUGCCAUGUGAUCAGUUUCUCAAAUU